GCGGUGACGUCAGCUCGGGCUCGCGGCCGGCCGGCGCGCCCCUCAGGAGCGGAGAGCCGAAGGGGGGAGCGGAGGGUGACUAGGUCGGGCCCGGACGCUUUUGCUGCCGCCGCCGCCGCCGCCGCCGCCGGGGCCCCGCCACAGGGGCCGCGCCUGCCGAGGCCCGGGCCGGCUCGCUUGCUCGGGUGGGCGGCCAUGGAGCCCCCCGGGGGUGGCCCGGCGCGCUGGCUGCCCACGCACGUCCAGGUGACCGUCCUCCAGGCCCGCGGGCUGCGGGGCAAAGGCACGGGGGGCAGCAGCACGAGCGACGCGUACACCGUGAUCCAGGUGGGGCGCGAGAAGUACAGCACCUCGGUGGUGGAGAAGAGCACGGGCUGCCCCGAGUGGCGCGAGGAGUGCGUCUUCGAGCUGGCCCCCGGGGCGCUGGACGGGCUGCUGAGGGCGCAGGACGCCGAGGCCCCCGACGUGCCGGGCCCGGGGCCCGAGCCCGCCUGCCUGCUCGUGCUCACCGCCAUGCACCGCUCGCUCAUCGGCAUCGACAAGUUCUUGGGCCAGGCCACCGUGCCCCUGGACCAGGUCUUCCGCCAGGGCCGCGCCCAGCACACGCAGUGGUACAAGCUGCACUCGAAGGCGGGCAAGAAGGAGAAGGAGCGCGGCGAGAUCCAGGUGGGCGUCCAGUUCACGCGCAACCCGCUGAGCGCGAGCAUGUUCGACCUCUCGGCCAAGGACAAGGCGCGCUCGCCCUUCGGCAAGCUCAAGGACAAGGUGAAGGGCAAGAAGCGCUUCGAGCUCGAGUCGGCGUCGGCCAUCGUGCCCGGCUGCGCCGCCCUGGACGAGGCCGAGCUGCCCGGCAAGAAGGCCAAAGCCAAGACGUUCUUCCUGCGCAACAAGCUGCGCAAGUCGUCACUGACGCAGUCUAACACGUCGCUGGGCUCCGACAGCACCUUGUCCUCCGCCAGCGGCAGCCUCGCCUGGCCCGGCCCCGACUACCUGACGCGCUCCCCGAGCCGCCACAGCCGCCUCUCCACUGAUGGCGGCAGGGACUCCGCGCCAUCCCCCAAACUGCUGACCCACAAACGGGCCUACAGUGACGAGGUCAGCCAGGUGCAGGCCGGUCAGCCGCGGGCUGGUCACGAUGCCGUGUCCGGGUCCUCCCUCUGCAUCAACGGGAGCCACGUGUACGGCGAUGAGCCGCCCGCCCCGGCCGCCCACCGGGCCUCCAUCUCGGGCCCCCUCCACGGGCUCUCGCUCCGCCGGGCCGAGGAGGGGACGGGGCCCCCGGACACGGGCCCUUGGGCCAGGGGAGGCCACGGCGGCAGCGCCGAGAAGCUGGCCGCGCCGAGUGUCCGCCGAGAGGAGGCCGGAGUGGAGGCUGAUGCCGGGCGGGCCGAAGGGAAGCCGGUCCAGGUGGCCGCCCCCAUGGUGGUGGCCUCAGCCGAGAAGGAAGAACCAAGAAAGGAGGAGCGCAAGGCGCGCGGCGUGGGCCUCUUCCACCACCACCACCACGUGGGCCGCCGUGGCUCCUUCGGGGAGAAGAUGGGCCCCAGCCUGGGCGCCUCCCCCGACGACAGAGGCCGCAGUGGCUGGUUCGGCUCCCGGGAAGCUAAGGAGCACCCACAGAAGCCCAGCCCCCACCCCGUGAAGCCCCUCAGCACGGCCCCCCCCGAAGCAGCCGCAGACAAGAAGCCGCCACGCUCCGGCCUCAGCUCGGCCCUGACCAGCGGUCUGGAGAAACUCAAGACGGUCACGUCCGGCGGCGUCCAGCCCGCGGCCCCCCAGGCCGACCACCCGGCCGAGUCCAAGGGGAAGCUGAAGGACCCCUCGCAGCCCCCCGACCAGGCGGCCAAGUACUACCACCUGACCCACGACGAGCUGAUCGCCCUCCUGACGCAGCGCGAGCGCGAGCUGAGCCGCCGCGACGAGCACGUGCACGAGCUGGAGAGCUACAUCGACCAGCUGCUGGUGCGCAUCAUGGACACGUCGCCCACCCUGCUGCAGAUCCCCGCCGGGCCCCGGGGGCGCCCCAAGUGAGCCGCCCCGCACGCGCGCACGCGCACACACGGCACACGCACAGACACAUGCACACACGGCACACACGGCACACACGCAGACACAUGCACACACGCACACACGCAGACACAUGCACACACGCACACACGGCACACACGCACACGCAGACACGCACAUACACAUAGCACAUGUAUAGACACGCACACAGACACACACACACACAGCACAUGUACAGACACGCACACGCAGACACAUGCAGACACACAUACACACAGCACAUCACAGACACACAGACACAUGCACACACACGCACAUACACAUAGCACAUGUAUAGACACACACACAGACACACGCAGACACAUACACACACGCACAUACACAUAGCGCAUGUACAGACACGCAGACACGCACACACAGACACGCAUAUACACACAGCACAUGUACACACACGCAGACACAUGCACACGCGCACACGCACAUCCAUGCACACGUGCCCCCCUCGGCUCUCCGGCCCCACCCCAGAUGGGCGCCCCAGCGCGUGUCGGGGUGCAGGGUGGGGUUCGGGGUCCCUGCGUCCGCCCGGCCCGGCUUCCUGCCCCGGACCUGUUUGGGUUUCGCCGUUUCGAAGCUUCUCUGUCUCUGCUUUGCCGUUCACAUGCCCAAACCGCGGCCGGCGCCUCCUUAGGAGAAAUCAUCAGGCCGGACCACGUGCCUUGGGGGGCCGCCUGUCCCGCCUCCCCCUCCACGAUGGGCUUUCCCCCCCCGCCCUCCCCCGGAGGGAAGAGGGGGCGCCCCUGGCCGGGGCGGGGGGCUUUGGCUUGGGGGCCCAGGAGCCCGGAAGGAGGGUCGGGGCGCCCCCUCCCCGGCCGGCCUCCCUCGGCUCUCCUGGCCACACGGGGCCGCUGCCCUUCGGGGCGCCCCGGCCGCUGCCUUAGCUCCCGGCUGCUGCACUUUCAAAGGAAGCCUUGGUCCGGCCCGGGGGGGGGGGGGGGAUGGAGACCUGGGACGCCCCCCGGCCCCUGCAGGCGCAGCGCGAGGGACCCCCAGCUUUGCUCCCCGUUUGUCCUCCUCGUCCUUCUGUUCCGAAGCUUGUUCUUUGCGUUGGAAGCACUUUACAGAGAAUAAAGAUUGGAUUCCUCUA